AUGUGGCGCAUCCUGGUGAUUCUUUUCUGGUUUUCAACUCUAAUUAUCAAGGCUACCCCACCAGUAUGUGACUUGCUGAUUGUCCUGAGGAAGGAAGAAGAACUCUGUUCUGAGAUGCUGUCCCAGGAAGAACAGAACAGAACAUCUGAAAAUGACCAGUUCAUGAAUUCAGGCAGAUGUGCUGGAAUGUGGGAUAACAUGAGCUGCUGGCCUUCUUCUUCAAUUGGACAGACUGUCAGUGCUCAUUGUCCAGAAUUCUUCCAAAUGCUUACUGGAAAAAAAGGUUUUGUGCAUCGAAACUGCACCAGUGAAGGUUGGUCAGAGACAUUCCCGAGACCCGAUGUUGCUUGUGGCUAUGACGUGAAUGACACUGCCAAUGAGGAAAGACGCAUCUACUUCAUGAAGCUGAAGACCAUGUACACAGUUGGAUACAGUACCUCCCUUGGGACUCUGACAGUAGCCUUAGGAAUCCUGGCCUCAUUUAGAAGACUCCAUUGUACGAGGAACUACAUCCACAUGCAUCUGUUUACGUCCUUCAUUUUCCGAGCCUUGUCAAACUUAAUCAAAGACACCAUUUUGUUUUCUUCUGAGGACGUUAACUACUGCGGGGCACACACGAUUGGUUGUAAACUCGUCAUGAUCUUCUUUCAGUAUUGCAUCAUGGCUAACUACAGUUGGCUUCUUGUAGAGGGACUGUAUCUCCACACCCUUCUGGUUGUUUCUUUCUUCUCGGAAAGGAAGUUCUUCUGGUGGUUCAUCGCCCUGGGAUGGGGCACCCCAACCAUAUUUGUUAUAUCAUGGUCCGUUGCCAGGCACCUAUGUGAAGAUAUAGGGUGUUGGGACAUUAAUACCAAUGCUGCUGUCUGGUGGAUCAUUAGAGGCCCUGUAGUCCUGUCUAUUUUUGUUAAUUUCAUUCUUUUUGUAAAUAUUUUAAGAAUCUUAAUGAGAAAGCUCAGAUCGCCAGAAGGAAGGGGAAAUGAUUUCAACCAAUACAAGAGACUUGCAAAAUCGACACUCCUUCUCGUCCCCCUUUUUGGAAUUCACUAUAUCAUCUUUGCUUUUUUCCCUGAGGACGUGAACAGCGGCACGAUGGAAAUUCGGUUGUUUUUUGAAUUAGCACUCGGAUCAUUCCAGGGCUUUAUUGUGGCUGUGCUGUACUGUUUUCUCAAUGGCGAGGUUCAAUUGGAAAUUCACAGAAAAUGGAGGCAGUGGCAUUUAAGCCAACACAUUCACUUGAAUCAGCACCUCAACUCUUCGUCCAGUAACGGAGGAAGUGGUUUCACCCAGGUGAUGCAGAUGAUGAAGCCCAGCCCUCAAGAGCAAAAGAGGCAGACUAUCCAGAAGUCAAGUGUAAUUUAGCAGACAAAGUGCAGUCCAGGCUACUUCUGUCCUAAGACACACAUUGGCUGCACCGACUCCCAUGGUCUGCACCAGGAACUUCCUGAAUGUAGCCGAAAGCAGAACUUGGCCCUCUGUCAACUGUUCUUGCAGCAGAUCUGUUUGUCUAUAUCCUGUAUAGCGGUUUUACUACUAUGGUUAUUUUGCAAGGAUUCUGCUCUUUCCUCUCCCCGCCCUUCCGGUUCCAUGACAGCUAAAACCAGAUUAUAUACAACAUUCCUUGUACCUACAUUACUUGAAGGUACUGAGAAAGCAUCUGGAAGAAAAGCUGCAAACAUUUGAAAUGGGGUGCCUGGGCCAUAUCCGAGGAGGGACAAGGCUAGGUAAACUAAGAAAUGAUGACAUCUGUAGCACUUGGCUACGUUCAUUAAAGAGCACCAAUUACAAUGGAUUGGCCGUGUUGCUAGAAUGACCCCACACCAACUUACUGCAAUUGUUCUCUAUAGAAGAGUGCACAGAGAGAGGCUGUGGACAUCCAAGGAGAGAGAGCGGUAUAACACAGUGCAUAAAGCCACCCACCCAACUCCUCAACAGGCUCAAAUGGCAGCUUAAACCAGACAUGGAUGGAAUCUUCUCAGACCCUCAGCCCUACCCACCCUUGGUGCUGGAAAAAGGAGACGAUGAUGAUUUCUGCCUUGUGUGAUGAGUCAGCCUCGAGUUACCUCUGAACCUGAGCUUGCUUAAAUCUAAUCAGUCAUCCCUGAGCCAGAGAGUGUGAUGAGUUGUCAGAGGCAAUUACCUGCAG